AUGACGUCGGUCACGUGGUUCUAUUGGAAAAUGGCGGCGCUAUAAUGUGAUUGUAAAUACGACGGAUAAGAAGAACUUAAUACCAGCUUUAUAUAUAAAAUAUUGUUUAUCUUACGUUUUGCGACAAGAGACUGUUGGGAGUCAUGCAGGAAAGUAGCGGAACAACUCAGGGGUCGGAGGGGUUAGUAGGGCUGGAGGAACCCAAGAAGAUGACCAGGGAGGAUUGGAGGAAGAAGAAGGAACUUGAAGAGCAAAGAAAGCUAGGAAAUGCUCCAGCUGAGGUGGAUGAAGAGGGAAAAGACAUCAACCCCCACAUCCCUCAGUACAUCUCAUCCGUACCCUGGUACAUCGAUCCCUCAAAGAGACCGACCUUGAAGCAUCAGAGACCCCAGGAGGACAACCAGAAGCAGUUCACUGGGAUUGGCGAUUGGUAUAAGAAGGGUGUGGUCGAGAAGCCUGCUACCACAAAGUACCGGAAGGGGGCUUGCGAAAACUGUGGGGCCCUGACCCACAAAAAGAAAGAUUGCCUUGAGCGGCCUAGGAAGGUCGGGGCAAAAUUUACAGGCAUGGGAAUCGCCUCAGACGAGCACAAACAGGUCCAUCUGUUGUUGGACUAUGACGGGAAGCGGGACCGCUGGAAUGGCUACGACCCUGAGGAGCACAUGCGCAUUGUAGAGGAGUACGCCAAGGUGGACUUGGCGAAGCGCACUCUGAAGGCGCAGAAACUGCAGGAGGAACUGGCUUCCGGGAAGCUAGUGGAUCAGGCGGCCUCAUCCAGGAAGCAGUGGGAUGAGGAUGAACAUGGUUCACAAGAACGGGAGCACAACAGUGAGGACGAGGAUGAGGACAAGUACGCAGAUGACAUAGACAUGCCCGGGCAGAACUUCGACUCCAAACGACGCAUCACUGUGAGGAAUCUGCGCAUCAGAGAAGACACAGCCAAGUACCUCAGAAAUCUGGAUCCCAACUCGGCCUACUACGACCCAAAGACUCGCGCCAUGAGGGAGAACCCAUAUUCCAACACUGGCAAGAACCCAGAAGAGGUUGGCUAUGCUGGGGACAACUUCGUGCGGUCCACUGGGGACACCGUCACCAUGGCCCAGACGCAGCUGUUCGCCUGGGAGGCCUACGAGAGGGGCUCGGACGUCCAUCUGCAGGCCGAUCCCACUAAACUGGAGCUGCUGCACCAAUCCUUCAAAGUAAAGAAGGAGGAUUUCAAAGAGGAGCAGAAGGAGAGCAUCCUCGAAAAGUACGGAGGUCAAGAACACCUGGAUGCACCUCCGCGGGAGCUGCUCCUGGCCCAGACGGAGGAGUACCUGGAGUAUUCCCGCCACGGUGCCGUACUCAAGGGUCUGGAGAAGGCCGUGGCUCGGUCCAAAUAUGAGGAGGACGUCCUCAUCAACAACCACACCUGCAUCUGGGGGUCAUACUGGAAAGAUGGCUGCUGGGGCUUCAAGUGCUGCUUCUCGCUGGUGAAGCAGAGCUACUGCACCGGAGAGGGUGGCAUUAAAACAGUGAACUCCAACUGCACUCCGUUUGAGGAGGACCUGGAAAAGGAGGUUGAAGAUGAACAACCUAAGACUUUGUUGGAGAUGCAUCAGGAAAAGAUGAAAGCGAAAAAGAGGAACAAGAAAAACAGGAAACGGGACUCCGACAGCAGCGACGACGAGGAUGAGGCCAAGAAGAAGAAGAAGCUGAUGAAGGCCCUCACUGCAGAGGAGCAACGUCUGAAGCAGGUGGACAAGCUGCUGCAGGUGGAUGAGCGCCGACGCCCCUACAACAGCCUGCAGGAAGUGAAGGAGCCCACUGAGGAGGAGAUCGAAGCCUUCCGCAUGAAGCGCAGCCGGCCCGAUGACCCCAUGGCCUCUUUCCUGGGCCAGUGAUCAGAGAUGGGGGCCUCUUUGGACCCUGAUUGGCUAAGUGGUGCAAGGAAUCCGUGCUUUUCAUCCAGGAAUCCUGGGGGUGUGCAUUGGGAAAAUGUGACAUAGUUGUCUUUGCCGCAGUUGUCCAUAAUAAAAGUAUUAGUAAAUAAAUCCAUGUAUUUUUGGCUGUCACAAACUACGCUAAACUGCAUGGCGUAAGUGUCUUUUUGUAACUCAUUCAUUUUAAUCUCAGUCCUGACCUUGUAUGUAAAUAUUGAACAUAACGGAGGAUAAAACCUUGUCUAUGUGUUAACACUCUUCUCCUCCUCCUCCUUCUGGUACAGCCCUGCUGUUGGAGAUUCCAUGUUUCCUAAUCCUUGUGAGAUUUCAUUUCCCCGCAGAUGUAUUAAUGCAGAAAGGGUUUGAAGGGACUGCAGCAGCUGUCUGGUUGGAUAUGUUUGCCGAGAGCGGAAUGGCACUUAGUUUGCAAUCGGACAUACCUCUAAGAGUAUGUCACAAAAUUUAUUGGGGGGGAAAAAUGUAAUUUAAAUCUGCAACAAUAAAGGGGUUCCGAACAAGACUGUAACUGUAAUGAUGCUCAAGAGAGUGGAGAGCAUUAACUGGGGCCCAUUUGGGAUGUGGAUCUGGAGUCUGAGAAGGAAGACUGGGGAGGGGGUGGGGCGUGACCCAGCCAGCGGUUUAGCUAUCAGCUGAUGGGAAAUCUUAAGGUCCUACUACACUUCUGAGCCGUAAUGCUAAAUCCGAGAACAUAACGGAGGAGAGAUGAAGGACAUGGUUUUCUUAGCACGUGCUGACUGUUCAGCGAAGGGUCUCCCUUUUUAUGCCACUUGGCCUGUCUGCCUUUGGAUGUUUCUAUGCAGAGGGACUCGGUUCGUAUCGCGACCUUAACGACGCCGCGUGCCCCUGAGAAACACGUGUCUUUAGUCAUAUAGGGGAAUAUUGAAAUGUUUUUAAAAAGGUUUCAUAAGCAAGUAGAUAAAUACUUCUGUAUAUUUUUUGUGUAAGAUUUUCACAAAUAAAUGCAUACGGUAAUUCA